UUUUUUUUUUUAUCCGCUCGAAAGUCAUUCAUAUUUAAAAAACGCCAUACGGCAUCUACAGAUUUCAAUCAAAACCACGAAAAGGGUAUUACAGGAAUAACCGGAAAGACUAAUUGAAGUCUGGGAGCAGGGACAUCUUCACACCGCCACAUACUCAAAGGCAGGGUCGGGACACGUAGAGUAUGCAACCAGACAAACAAUUCCCUUCACAAUCAAAACCCUAAUCGCAGUAAUCAAAGCAGCACAGAGAAAUCUGUCUUCCCCAAUACAGUAAUCCAAAGCCAAAAAUGCCGGCGAAAUUGCAAAACAAAAACACAAAAGUGGUUUUCCUUUGGGCAGACCACUGAUCAGAGGCAACAACCAAACCAAACCAGACACAGAAAAACUAGACGCAAAGUUAUUUGCCUACCACCGCACACUCCGGAUUUAGGGAAAUCCAGACCGAAAAACAAAAAACCGGACUGAAAAAACAGCCGGAGAAACAGGGCUGAAGACAGCCAGAGGAACAAGAAAAAAAAACUUCAACCCAACCGCACACCUUAUUACUCGCCGCCGCCCUUCGAGAACUUCAGAUCUGGAAACUCCGGCUGAGAAGACAGGCAGGGGAGCCCAAAACGCCGCCAAGGCCGGCGUUAAAAACAGCACCUCGCCGGCUGCGACAACACCGCCGCCCCAAACUGGGGAUCUCAGAAAGAGAACGAACGGGAUAGAGAGGAGAGGCGAGGAGGGAGGAGGAGGGGAGGAGGAGGCGUGGUGGCGCCCCCCCCGCCCAAAACCAGGCGCUGAAGUCUGAGGAAAACCAGGGGCGAGAGGAAGUUAGAGAGAGAAACUUCGAUUAGACAAGUUUUGCAGUACCUCUGGAACCCCUAGGUUUCGUCGUCCCACUCCAUCGAUUUGCACCCAAUGCUGAAACUAGCAAUGUCUCGACUUUCGGUUCCACGGGGCUUCAUCAACCCGUCGCUCUCUCUCAUGAGUAAUGCUGCAACCACCACAAGCUUCAAUUCUCUCUCUUCCCCCACUUCAUCCCCUCCUCGUAUUCCAAUGUAUCUCGGGUUGAGCAUCAGGGGCAUGCGAAUGGGAGGGAAGGAGAUUCCGGACAAGAAGCUGGUGGAAUACUCUUUAAAGUACAUCCAUGGAAUUGGCCACACCACAGCGCGCCAAAUCCUCCGUGACCUCAACAUGGAGAAUAAAAUCACAAAGUACCUGUCCAAGCACGAAAUCAUUUCUCUCCGGGAUGCAGUUUCGAAGUACUUGAUUGAUUGCCAACUCAGAUUAUCCAAUGGGCUUGCAAUUAAGAGGUUGAAGGAAAUUCAGUGGUACAGAUGGAAAAGGCACAUUCAGGGGCUUCCUGGAAGAGGACAGCGCACGCAUUAGCUGGAAAUGGGUUUUUUUCUCUCUUUCUGUAGCCGGACCUGGUCGUAGUUGAAAUUAAGUCUUAUCUGUAUAUUGAUAUGGGUUUUGUCGCUGGACCUGGUCGUAGGCGAAAUUAAACUGCUUUAAAUUGAUGAUAUUAAAUUGAUGAUGUUUGGAAUUGCAAUUACUUUUGGUUGUUUUCACUUUUGAGACUAUCAUGGUUAAAACUUGAAAUGCAUUGUCCUCUAGUCCUUUUGGAGUUUUGGGAGGAAAUUUCCUGCUUGAUUUUA